GGGUAAGAGCAGAGAGGAGAUGAGUUCCAGGACCUGCCAGGGCCCUGCUGUUCAGACAGUGGGGGAGGGAGUGCUGGCACCAGCUCCUGGCUGGGGGAUGGGCAUGGAAGUGAGGAACAAAAGAUGGGGAUGCAGGAGGUGCCCCACCUUGAUUUCCCAGAGCUUGGUCCCAACCCUACCUCGGCCAAUUACAGGUUGCCCCAGGGGAUCCCCCACCCCUUUGUCCCCUGGGGUCUCCUCCCUCAUGAGUGCAGAGCCCAAGGGCCAGGCUGUCCCUCGGGGCGGGGAGCUGAGGGCCCUUCCCACCUGGUAGUGGGCCUGGAAGAUGCUGGGAGAUUAGAGUGGAGCCUGUCCGAAGAGGUGAGCCGGCUGAUGUCCAAGUUGGGGCCGUGCCGCUGGCCACGCUGGCUGGCCAACAGGGCAGAACCAGGGCCCCGGUCUGAGACUCCAGGCCUGACCCAACGGCGACCCCUCCCGGGCUCCUCUGCCACUCAUCUCCCGGGACCGGCCAGGAUUGGGGGGCUGGGCAGCCGCAGUGACUGCAGCUCCCCAGGAGCCCCCUGCCCGGCCUCCCCAGACGGGCCGUGGAAUUGGCCGGGUCUCUGGGCGCGCCAUGCGCAGCACCACACUACUGGCACUGUUGGCUGUGGUCCUGCUCUACUUGGUGUCCGGUGCCCUGGUGUUCCAGGCCCUGGAACAGCCCCAUGAGCAGCAGGCCCAAAGGGAGCUGGGGGAGGUCCGAGAGAAGUUCCUGAGGGCCCAUCCAUGUGUGAGCGACCAGGACCUGGGGCUCUUCAUCAAGGAGGUGGCUGAUGCCCUGGGAGGGGGUGCAAACCCUGACACCAACUCAACCAGUAACAGCAACCACUCAGCCUGGGACCUGGGCAGCGCCUUCUUUUUCUCAGGCACCAUCAUCACCACCAUCGGCUAUGGCAACGCGGCCCUGCGCACAGAUGCUGGCCGCCUCUUCUGCAUCUUUUAUGCACUGGUGGGGAUCCCGCUGUUCGGGAUACUGCUGGCAGGGGUCGGGGACCGGCUGGGCUCCUCCCUACGCCGCGGCAUUGGUCACAUCGAAGCCAUCUUCCUGAAGUGGCAGGUGCCACCAGAACUGGUGCGAAUUCUAUCGGCGGUGCUCUUUCUGCUGAUCGGCUGCCUGCUCUUCGUUCUCACGCCCACGUUCGUUUUCUGCUAUGUGGAGGGCUGGAGCAAGCUGGAGGCCAUCUACUUCGUCGUGGUGACGCUCACCACGGUGGGCUUCGGGGACUAUGUGGCCGGAGCCAGCCCCAACCAGAACUCUGCAGCCUACCAGCCGCUGGUGUGGUUCUGGAUCCUACUCGGCCUGGCCUACUUCGCUUCAGUGCUCACCACCAUCGGGAACUGGCUGCGAGUAGUGUCCCGCCGCACUCGGGCAGAGAUGGGCGGCCUCACGGCGCAGGCUGCCAGCUGGACCGGCACGGUGACCGCGCGGGUGACCCAGCGAGUCGGGCCCACGGCACCACCGCCGCCGGAGAAGGAGCGGCCACCCCUGCUUCCGCCGCCGUGCCCAGCGCAGCCCGCCAGCAGACCCCUAUCCCCUGCGGCCCCGGAGAAGACCGAGCCACCCUCUCCGCCCACGCCGCCCACCCCGCCCACGGCCUCCGCGCUGGACUACCCCAGCGAGAAUCUGGCCUUCAUCGACGAGUCCUCGGACACGCAGAGCGAGCGCGGCUGCGCACUGCCCCGCGCUGCACGGGGCAGCCGCCGCCCCCUCAACACCCCCAGGAAGCCCGCGCGGCCCCGCGGCCCGGGGCGCCCCCGGGACAAAGGCGUGCCCGCGUAGGGGCAAGACCCCUGCCCGGGCCUCUCCAAGGGCUCCGUUCUUGCUCUCUCCCCGGCAUGCUCUGCUUGUUUAACCAAAGAGCCCUCUCUCGACCGACCCGGCUGAAACCUGGGGAGGAGGCUACGGCUUGCUUGUCUGCCACUCUCUGCUCCUGGCCCCCUCCUCACUUCAUCCAUUUCCAGAACCCCAAGGCUUUCUGUCUCGUUGUCCGUCUGGGCCUGUCCCUCACAACAUCUCACGACUGUGCCUCAAAGCCUGCAUCAAUAAACGAAAACAGUCUGCA